UUUGUGACAAACACCACACAAGGAAUACAAAAAUGGCAUUCAAAUUCGCAGUCUUCGCUGCCAUCGUGGCCGUCGCUAACGCCGUCGCCAUUGGAUACCCAGGUGCCUACCCAGGUGCCUACCCGGCCGCCUACCCAGCCGUUGGCGUUGCCAAGGUGGCCUCUCCAUAUGCCUACCCAGCUAUUGCCAAGGUUGCCUCUCCAGUACUCGCCAAGGCUGUUGAUGAUUAUGAUCCAAACCCACAGUACAGCUACAGCUACCACAUUGCCGAUGCUCUGACCGGAGACAACAAGGAACAGCAGGAAUCUCGCUCCGGAGAUGUCGUCACUGGAUCCUACUCUCUGGUUGAACCCGAUGGUACCCGUCGUGUUGUUGAAUACACUGCUGAUCCAGUCAAUGGAUUCAACGCCGUUGUCCACCGUGAACCACUUGGCGUCAAGGCUGUCGCCCCAGUUGCCAAGUUCGCCGCCCCUCUGGCAUACCCAGCUGCCCAUGUCGCCGGUUACCCAGCUGCCCAUGUCGGAUAUCCAGCCUACGGAAAGGCCCUUAUUGGUUAAACUUCGAAGCACAGCCUAAACACCUCUUCACUUCAACCCUUCUAAAGCACUUCCCCUUUGAAGUCAUUAGUUUAAACAACUAUUUAUUUAUUCUAAACUAUUUCUUUGUUAUCUAUGUCUCACUCCUCUACUUCUUUUCCCAUAAAGCUACAAAUGUGAGUUUUCUAGUUAUUCCAAGCUCAACUGAAUGCGUGUACAAAAGAUAUACAUAUAAUUGUAAAUGUGAAGAAUCUUAGUGAGUUGAGAUGCUACACAAAGUAUCUCAACCAUUGACUGUGUGAAUUGAACAGAGUGUAAAUUAUGCUACCGUAAGCAACCGUGAUGGAUACUCAUUGCGGUCAAAUAAAUGCAACUUCUACAAAAG